GGGGCGGUGCGCGGAGGCUCGGCUGGGCGGCGGGAGGUGCGAUGAGUUGUAGGGGCUCAGCUGUGUGCUGCGUGGAGGGGCUGUGGGCAGCCCCCUGCUGGCAAAGGAUGCGGGGAAAGGAGCAAGGAUGGGGAGAGUCCCCAGACUUCCAGAGUUAGCCCUGUGCGUGGCCUGGGGUGAGAGCUUUCAAACUGCUGUCCCCUUCCCUGGUAAAGCACUGGUGAUGAGGGGGCCUGUCCGCCUCCCUGGGACAAUGCAGGAGAAUGUAGGACCUGUCACCUUCUUUGGGAAGAACCUGGUGACAGUGGGACCCAUCCCCUUGCCCAGGAAGGCACCAGAGGCGGGAGAACCCACCCGCUUCCCCAAGGCAGCACCGGUGGCAGAAGGACCCAUCCCCUCCCCUGGGAAGGUGCCAGUGACAAGAGGACCCUUCCCAUUCCCCACAGAGGCAUUGGAGACAGGAGGACCCAUCCCCUUCCCCAAGACAACAGCGGAGACAGGAGGACCCAUUUCCUUCUCCAGAAAGGCACUGGUGAUGGGAGAACCCCUUUCCCCUUCUCCAGGGCAGUGCCAGUGACAGGAAGACCCAUUCCUUCCCCUCACUGUUGGCACCAGGAGGAACUGGGCAGUCCCGAGUCGGACAGUGUCACAUGGCCAGGGUGGCACCAGUUUGGAUCAUCCGGUGGCCAGCAGCCAGUUAUAAUAUAAUAGCAUUGCCCAAAUAGUUAACGGUUAAGGAGGAAACCUGCAGGGGUUGUAAACACCGGAUGAGUUCCUGCUGCAUUGCAAGAGGAAAGCUCUUGUGUUGAGGGACGUCCCAGCCUUUGUUGACAGAAAGUCCAUCAUUUCCGAAGGCUUUUUUUUAAGGCAUUUCCUCCCUGUAUGGAGAGCGGGCUGUCUGCACUGACAGCACAGUGUGAUGCUCCGAGGGACGAUGCAGCAGUGUUGGCACAGAUGACCCGCAUCACCACGAGCACUCCUCCACCACUGGAAGCUCCGCGUUGAGCUCCGGACGGACACCACAAACCAGCUGAGCUCUGCCCCAGCCAGUCCUCACCUCUGGGCUCCCUCUCCAUGCAUGUGUCAGCACCCUCUCAUUCGCCGCGGGAGGAAUUGGCAGGAUGAGCAUAAACGGCUUAAAUUGGUGGUUUGAACUCACCCCACUAACCUCCACUGGAAGCAAAUUCGGAAGGAUUUGCUGGAUGUGAUGAAUAGAAGGGCUUUCUGGCAGUCAGCUGCGCCAAGCAGCUGGAGGAUGGACCGCCGCCGAGCCGUGCUCCUCCCCAAAACCUCCCACCAAGAGCAUGCUUGCCCUGGCCUGGCCUGCAUGGGAAUAUCCAGCCAUGCUGCAGGAACACUUACAUUUAAAAACAAAUGAAUUUCAAGUCUCUGCUUGUCUCGCAUUGCCCGAGGUGCGUGUGUUUUGCAGCAGUCACAUCGGUAGUCAUUUUCUUUCUGAACAUCCUAAAACUCUGAAAAUGUACUGGAGGGAACAGCAGGGGAUCUUAGCAUGGAGAAACAUGGAGAGUGCACCCAAACAGGGAUGUGCCCGUGGUGUUACCCGAGUGCUGGACAAACUGCUGCGCUCUGCGUGGAGUUGCCGACGUAUGGUUGUACUGAAGACUGUGGAGUGGUUCAAUUAACGGUUAAUGAGGUGAGCUAAAAUGAGCUCUCGUCUGGAAUGGUGUUCCUGGUAAGAUCAGGCCUGUCCUGAAGUAGCACCAGGUGGCUGCAUCAGACUGAAAGCUGUAAAGCUAAUUGACUGCUUGUUCUGUGAGUCAUGCUAAUAGGGCGGAAACUGAAGAUUACAAAUGGUAACCCACUAGAAGCAGAGAGAGCAGGGGAUGCACUUUAUUUCGACUUCAGCCAGGUUCAUCAUAGUCAUAGGUUAGCUGAGGUUGGCAGCCAUCCCUGGGUCCUUCUGCUCCACUAGGGCCACCAGAAGAACGCUGCCAGGACCGUAUCCAGAUGGGUUUUGACCCUCUCUAAGGAUGGAGAAUCUGCAGCCUCUCCAGGCAACUUGUGCCAAUGCUUAACCACUCUGAUUCAUUCAGUAGAACUUGCCUUGUUCCAGUUUGUGCUCGUUACAUCUUGGUUCCCAAGGGAACGGCAUGGAGCUGCAUCACGAGAGGUCAGGUGGGGUUGAGGAAAAGGUUCUGCCCCAGAGAGCAGUGGGCAUGGCACAGCUCCCAGGGCAGCAGGCACAGCCCCGAGCUGCCGGAGCUCAGGGAACGCUGAGACACUGCUCUGAUAUAGGGUUGGGGUUUGUGGGUGCUGUGUGUGGCCAGGGCUUGGGGUCAGUGAUCCUUGUGGGUCCCUUCCAACUUGGGUUGUCUUAUAGUUUUAUGAUCUUCAUGGCCCUUCGCUGGUCAAGGCAAGCAACAUCCUCUCUUGCCCUCAUCCGCCAAGGUGGUCACCUCAUCACAGAAGACUACCACAUCAGUUAAUCCUGCCUUCUUCUUCGUAAAUCCCUGCUGACUGCCCCCAGUCACCUUUUUGUCCUUCAUGUGCCUCGAAAUGCUUUCCAGGAUCAAUUGCUCCGUCACCUUUCUGAUAUCAAGACGAGGCUGACCAGCUGGUCGUUCUAUCUCAUUGUCCUUUUUGGAGAGUAGUGACAUUGGCUUUCUUCAGAGCUGCAAGGAUCUCUCCUGACCACCAUGGCCUUUCAAAGACAAUUGAGAGCAGCCUUACAAGGACAUUGGCCAACUCUCAGCACACAAGUGCUACCCAUCAGGUCCCAUGGACUUACGUGCCUCCAGUCUGUUUAAAUUUUCCCUAAUAUCAUUCCUGUUCCAGCAUGGCUGAGUCUUCCUUGCUCCAGGCUUUCCCAGUACAGAACCUGGGGCUGUUCCACGUAGACUGAGGCAAAGGAGGCAUUGAGCAUCUUGGCAUUUUUCCACGUCCUUUGGCAUCAGCACCAUGCCCACCAAGCAGCAAAAUGGUGUUUUCUUUAGUCUGCCUUUUGCUGCUGAUGUGCUUGCAGGAACAUUUCUGGUUGCACGUCGUGUCACUUUGCCUUUUGCUGUUUCCAUUGCAACACUUCUGUUGGUUUUGGUGAAGGUUCAGGAGGACCUCCAGUUGUGCACAGAUACCUGAGAGGAGGCAGUAAGGGCAGUACAGCCAGGUUCUUCUCAGUGGUGCCUGGUGGCAGGCAUGAAUUAAACAACGGGAAGUUCUGUUCCGUGUAAGAAUACACUUUUUUUCACUAUCCUGUAACCAAGCACUGGCACAGGGACCAGAGAGGGGCUCCUCUCUGGGGUCUCCUCCUUGGUGAUCCCCAAAAGGCACCUGGAUGUGGGGCUGGGCAUCCUGCUCUAGGUGGCAGAGAGACCAGAGGGUCCCCCAGCUUCCCCAGUCUGUUAUCAAACAUGCACGAAGCUGAUAUGCUUAGCUGUAUUACUUGAAAUCCACAUAACUGAUUUAGGAAAUUACUUUUUUAUACUUUUUUAAAUUACUAAAAGCCUGGGAAAGAUGCUACCUCUUGACAUAGCUGAAUUAUUCCAGCUUAAACUGGCUAACUGCUUCUGAUUUUCAGUCUUGUUUUGGAUCCUUUGCUGGGAUUCCUGCAUAACAGGGGACUUGUGGAGGCCGCAGCUGGGAUCAGGGGUUAUGUGCUGUACAAACAGGUAUGAAGACAAAGUCCUCGUUGUGACACUUGCCCAACGGAACUGGCUAGAGGUGAGCGGGGCGAAGGCGAUCUCUCUGCCCUUAGAGCCCCUGUGCCAUCUCCUAGUGGCCUCCAGCUGCCCCACAAGAAGGACCUGGGUUGGCCCGUGGGUCCUGUGGCCCAUCUCCCUGCUCCGUGGGCAUCUCUGGUGAUGAGUUGCAUCUGGAAACGCACCCGUGGAUGCUGCUGUAAGAGCAAAUUUUGCACUGAAGAUGCAGUGAUAGGGGAUAACGCUUGUAGUACUUGGCUGAGUGAGAUUUCUCAUAGCCAAACAGUUGCCUAUUGAAAGCCUUGGAAACGGAUAGGUGCAGCAGAUGGGAGGCUGGGACCACGGCAGGACAUGGAGACAGUGGGUGUUGGAAGAUUUGGCCAGCCAAGAUGAACAGAGACGCAUGUACUAUGCUCCUGGUGAGCUGCUCAGGCCAGGCUGCAAGAAAAUGAGGAUGCUCGGUGUUCUCUGAGGACAGCAGUCUACCUGGCAUCGAGACAGACAGAAAGAAUCUUGUGGAAGGAAAAGCAGAUGAGAACUCAGCUUUGUCAUCUCAGCACGAGACCAGCUUCACCUGCAUGCAUCAAUUUCUGCCUCUCACUCCUGAUGUUACCAUCAGACAUUAUAGAUAUCCUGCAGGAACUUGGAGAACUGAAGGAGAAGUGAGCAGAGAAGCAGAAAUUCAGGUUUUUUUUGUGGAAAGAGAUUGAUCUGAACUGGUAAUAAGGUGGUCAGGGGGCAGAGAAGACUUCUGCAAGAGAGCAGCAGUUGUUUUUGGAAGGGCCGUGGGAAGCCUGCUGCUUUCUACCAAAGUGGGAUGGAUGUGUCUCAGUCACUCCUUAUGGACACGUGGGUCAUCCAUCGGGGAAAACACCUCCAUAAGGGGUGAACACAUGGAAAACUUUGCCUGCUAUCUAAUCAAAAUCUCUUUUGUUGUAAAAAUCAGUUGGUUGCCUUUGUUCCUCUUCUGCCCAGUAGCUCUGCAGAGCAAUUAAUAACCGAUCCCUUUAUAAGAGGGUGUUUUUAAUUGCCAUGCCUGGAGCACGACUUCCUCGUCCUUCCUCUGAGUGUUUUGGCUGUGGUUUCCCUUUCAGCCUGCCGGCCUAGACCAGUCUUGAGCAUUUCCUGGUGGUUCCUUCAUUUCCUGCCAUUUCUGCAGCCUGUCUCCAGCUUUCCCCAAGUGCACAGUGCAGUCACGAUAAAGUCUUUCCACACAGUGUGAACAGCAGUGAUGUGAUCCCACAUCCACUCAGUGCAGCAUGUUUCUUUCUUCCAGCAUGGGUGAUGCACAGCAGCUUGAUGGCGUGUGUUAAAUGUAAGGCUGUCCAACAAAGGACGUGUAAACAGGUUGCCCAAGGAGGCUGUGGAUGCCCCAUCCCUGGAGGCAUUCAAGGCCAGGCUGGAUGUGGCUCUGGGCAGCCUGGGCUGCUGGUUGGUGACCCUGCACAUAGCAGGGGGUUGGAACUGGAUGAGCACUGUAGUCCUUUUCAACCCAGGCCAUUCUGUGAUUCUGUGAUAAAGGUGAGAAUGUGCAUGAUGAUGGCAAAGCUGUGUCUUCAGGGGCAGUUACCACCCAUGCCUUGAGCCUCACUCUUCUGUACUGCAGCCAUCCAUGGUACUUAAAAUCUUUCUGAUCUACCAUUCAAAUCAGUAAUGAAGAGAGUUCUUAGGGCCAGCCCUAAACGAGUCCCAAUGACUGUGUGGGAGACUGUCCUGGCGUGGCACUUGAUCACUAUCUCUUGAAAAAUACUUUUUCAGCAGAUGGUGCAUCAUCCUUCUGAGUAACGGUUAUACCCAGGCUAGCUUGGUAUGGGGUUUUGUGUGAUUCUGAAUGGACAACGCAAAGCCUUUUUGUUAGUCAUAUGCUGGGAACAAGGUUAUCCUAUACCCAGCUAUCACAGGAACUGGAGGCCAAGCUGGGAAAAGCCGUGCAAGGAAACCUCCUGUGAUGUGCCUGCCUCCCAGCCUGCUCUUCCUUAUCCACGGAGGUGCAAAGGCAGCAUUUAAGUUCUUCACGACAUGCUGGCUUCCUGCACUCUCAUGCUCUUGUUUUGUUUCUUUAUACGUUUCUGUGCAGAGCAAAAUGUGGACAGCGAUAGCAUAGUGCGUGUAUGAAGGCUUCUCUGAAGUACACACAUCCCCCCCUAAUGCUGCCAGUCCUUGAUUUUCUCAAUAAAGAAAAAGGGUGGAUAUCUUCAUGUCUGCAGAAGGUGGAAAAAUACCACUCACCCCUGGGAGAUGUACUCCUAUCAUUACUUCUUUCCCCCUCGCCCUCUAAUUAUCCCACCAGAGAUGGAGGUGAGAUUGAAUUAGCACGAGUUGUUCGUACACAGUGGCUGGGGACAGGAAAGAGAGGGAAAUCUUCCCUAAAUAUUCCCUUCCAUGUCCUCGUAAGGCUGUUUAUGAUAUAUAGGAAGCGUUCCACUGGCAUAUCUUUACAUAAUUACUUAAUAAACCACUUUGAGUGAGUUAAUUACUCCCAUCAGAAACCUGUUUCCAAACCUCUCUGCAUUCACGGCCAGAAAACACUCUGUGUUUCGAAAGCAUCAUUCCACAAAGCAGAACACCAACUGCUGGAAGUAGGAACGAAAAGCUGUGAAAACCUCGAGAUUUUGAUUGUCUCUGCUAGAAGCAAAGGGGAAAAGGAGGUGGCAGACAUUGCUGAGAGCAUCUGGGCAAGCAGCAGAGCCCAUGGAAUCACAGAAUUGUAGGAUGAGUUGGAAGGGACAUCUGAAGGUCACCUAGACUGGAGCUUUGGCUGUAGGACGAGGAAACAAAGGCUUUCUGCACUGAGGUGACUGUUUUAGUGUCUUUAUAUUCCAUCUGCAUGGAAUAUUCUCCAAGUGCCACUCAGGAGUGCAGAUGAACAGUGCCUGGCUGCAGUGCCGACUUUGGAGGGCUAAAAUCGGGAAGAUUAGAAAACAGAAAGUGUGUUGUCCCCACAAAUGGUGCAGGAACCCACUGUGUUUUUGUGAUUGAGCACAACAGGGUGGAAGCCCUGUCUGCAAGCAUUGAGGAGCAGAUGCUGACAUUGACUUGUGGUUUUGGUGGGAAUAUCAUCCUCAAAGCAAAGCCCACAUCCCAGUGCCAGCCUUUCCCUGCAGCCCUUCACUCAGAGACCAUCCCUGCUCCUCUGCAGCUCCCUCAGGAGAAGAACCAGGCAGGAAUUCUGUUGCAAAGCCAACCAAGAGGCAUUUCCUUGAGUCUCACACAUUGCCAUCGUUCUGCUUGGCAGCAUGUAGGGCAGCAUCGAGCCAGCACUUCCAUCUGGGAUUAAUGGUGGCACCCAAAAUUAGGAUGUGAUGAAGCAGAGGCAUAGAAUGCAUUGUGGGUAUUUCUGGGGCCAAGGAGGAUGUAGGAUUGAAGGUCCAGGGGAGCAGAGAUGCGCUCAGCAUGCCCCACUGAUAAUGGUUCUUCUUGCAUUUCUAAAAACAGGAGUGAGGAAUUUGGGCUCUCUGUCUUUUUUUUAAUGUCUCUGUGAGAGAUACCAGUAACUGCAUAGUGAUGCUGGGCCUGGAAUUGCCCCCACCUGGAUGCAUUAGCUAAUCCAGCAGAACUUUAUAAGCAUCUCAUUAUUUAGGAUCUCUUCUGGCUUUCUGAACUGAAGAAGUGAUGGGACAGUUGGUACAGCUCGCUCGUCUCCCUGGGUUAACCCGCACGUUUUUAUGACCCUGGAGGGAGAAAACGCCUUUUUAGCAGGGAGGAUAAGAUCUGAAGCUAACCUGAAGCACCCAGCAGGAGCUGGUGGUUGCUGCGGGCACAUUGCAGAUGGGAAUUCAACCUAGUGACGUGCACAGGGAGCUCAAGGAUGUGAUCAACGUGGCUGGUGGCCAUCUUCCAGUGUGGGCACAGAGCCAUCAUCACACAUGGUGGCACCAGUAUGGCACUUUCCUUUACGGCGCGAGCUCUUGCAAGAGGGAAUGGCAGCUUUUUCAAAGACAAAGCAGACUGUUAAUCUACUCCACUGCAAGAGAUUUUAUAUUCAGAGCACCCAUCAAGUUAAGUAAACCAGGAGAACUUCGAGAAGAAUAUGAAAGCCAGCUAAGGAAGCUGAGAGAAGAAAAGGUACAAGAAGAAAAAGCUUCUGAGGACCUGAUUCACAAGCUCAUGGUCGAUGACAUGGAAGUAGGAAAACGAAAAAUGGAAGAGCAGCAGAAGAAAGAUGAAUCUCUCGUGCUCAAAGUGAACCAAGAGUGUUUUCCUGAACGUCUCUCGGAUUCAGAAAAUGAAGAACCAUUCCAAGGCAAGCAAACACAUCGGUCAGCAUUCGUUUCCAAGACCAGUGCCUACUCCUUCGCAUUCCUUUCAGGGAACCUAACCUCCAAGGUGGAAAGGAGUCGGAGCUGCAGUGACACCAUCCAGGAGAGAUCAAAGAGCAGGCAGAGAUCGGCCCCAGCCAACAAAACAAAGGUCCCACCCAUCACCAGUGCAACAACACCUCUGCUGGGAGUCCUCUCCUCCACCCAGAACAACCGCUGCCUCUCUGCCCCAGACCUGACAGCAGAGAAGCGCCCACUCCUCAACCCUGCAUCAUCUCUCUCGGCCCUGCACAAACCAGAGCGAUCCAUCAGCCCUGAGAGCAACGACAGCAUCUCAGAAGAGCUCAACCACUUCAAGCCCAUCGUCUGCUCGCCGUGCACGCCUCCCAAAAGGCUUCCUGAUGGCCGUGUCCUCAGCCCUCUCAUCAUAAAAUCCACUCCAAGGAACCUCAGCCGGAGCCUGCAGAAACCAACCACCUACGAGGCCAGCCCCAGAAUACUGAAGAAAUGGGAGCAGAUCUUUCAGGAGCGCCAGAUUAAAAAGACUCUCUCUAAAGCGACCCUUACGUCAUUGGCUUCGGAGCCCGGGGAGGACGUUACACUUCCUGACAUCACCCAUAAGGAGCAUUCCCAGAUUCAGGAUGAUCAGCUGCUGCCAGAUGUGACAGGAGACCCUCACCCUGAGCUGGAUUUCCUUCCUUCCAUCAGCGAAAUGAAGAGAGGAAGCGAGAGGAACAGGGAUUCCCAGGCCUUAACAACAGACAACAGUGCUGAACCAGAGAUGCGAUUGAAUGCAGCCCCAUUGCAUGCACGUGUCUCCGAAACCCCCGAUGUCAAAGCCAACAUGUUCACGGACAAAUCCUGUCUUAAUCUUGGCCCCAAAGCGCUGAGCAGAAGGAUCAUGGGGGUGCCGGACAGCAGCACUCUGGGGGUUCUGUCAGGGAAGAAGCAGCUGAAAUGCCUGAACAACAGUGAGCUGAUCAACGUGCAGAACAACACCUGCAACUCCGUUGAGAACAUCAUCAGUGAACAACCACCAGCGUUACGACGGGGACGGAAGAGACGCUGCAAAACAAAGCACUUGGAGCACAACGGCUCUGUCAAAAGACUGAGGCACACAGCAGGGGAGCCAGGCUUGGAAGAGCGCCUGGUGCGGGAGGUGGAGCAGAAGCUGCAGCAGGAGGAGGAGGACAGGAGGUUGGCCCUGCACCUGCAGCGCAUCUUCGACAGUGAGAACAGGACAGUGGAUAGGCGGAAAGUCAGGGUGGAUCGGUACCUGCUGCGGUCAAAGAGCACUCUGGGUGCCAAGUAGCACUGGUGGACGAUGUUGCCUUUCUAGAGGACGAUGAGGUUUAUCAAAUUAUCUUACAGGAAAGCUAUUUUUUGUCAUACUUCCACCCACGCUGUCGUUUUUCAUUUCGGUGGUAAGACAUUCGAGGUCCAGUUCAAAGAGAAGCCAGAGUCCUUCCAGAUUUAAACAAAAGAGGAAAAGUUCCUCCAGCCUGGCUGGUCCGUUGGUCUGAGAGAGGUCUGGCAUCCUGCAAAUGCACUGCAUUGCAGCUGGUGGUUGUCCUGGCUGGAAGGAUUGGUUGCACAGGCAGCCUGGGUCCUGGGCACCCUGGUCCCCACUGGGUGGGACUCAGAGGUCCCUUCCAGCCUCAGCUGUUCCAUGGAGGACCUCAUCCAUUCAUUACCAUGUCCAUAUUCCAGGAGAAAUCGGAGCUCUGCUUACAGAGGAAACCAGGCUGGUCCCAUCCUGGGAUUUGCAGGAGGGACCAGGGGAUCCACCUGCAGUGCUGACCAAUGAAUGUAUCUCGCUGGCUGCACCAGCAGUGCAGAUCAGAGGUUGUCUUCUACAAGUAGAAGGCCAAAUGCAGUGAAAAAAAAAAUGUAAAAUCAGGUUUUUAUAGAAAAGCAUUAUAGGAACUUGUGUGUUCAUGUUAAUGAUGGGGCAGAGAGCAGCUGGGAGCCAUCCUCUGAGCACUGCGACCCAAGGAACAAUGCAGCUUUUCUCCCAGGUUUUCGCCCUGUCCCUGCUAAAUGUUGAAGCCCAGAGAAGCAAAUGCUGCCCUGAUGUUGGGAAGGAGGGGACAGGCACUGCCGGCUCUGGGCAACAUGUAGGUGCAGCGCAGGGAGCAUGGCUGGCCUCUCCCAACACACGGUGAGUGCAACAGGGAUGGGAUGGGAGCCCAGUCCUCCUACCCUGGGGUGCAAGCAGUACAAGCUACCCUCCCCAUUGCUUAAACCACUAGCAUCUCAGGUAAGCAAUGUGCUGCACAAAGCUUCUUCAAGGUAUAAGGUUGGGCAUGGGGCUGCCGGAAGCUGGAGGAGCUGUUGGGCUUGGUGGGGUAGAGUUGUGCCUUUGAUGACAUCCACACUCUGGGCUCUCCUCCCUUUCCCCUCUCUUCCCCAUCAUCCAAAGUGAUCCUUGGGUUCUUGCAAGGAACUGGGCUCAGGAAGAAUCAGCUCAGCUCCAUCUACGGGUGCUGCUUUGCAGUGUGUUCGGGGGAACACCAGUGCUGGGGGACAAGUUUUGCAGGAUGGACCUGAAGCAUGGGACAGCUCGCUGUGACCAAUCCCAGAGAAUUGUCGUUGCCCAAAUUCCUCCUAUCUAAAAAACGGCUGAAUGUCUUCCUCUUUAAAAACAAAAAGGAAAAAAAGGAACUGAUUUUAUUUUUCUCUUCCGCGUCCUUGUGUGACUGCAAGGGCCCUGGCGCCUUUUCCUAAUGGAACUGGAUUUUUUUUUUUUUUUUUAAAGAAAACUUAUAUUUUAAUGGAUAAAAUUUAUAUAUUUUAAAUACUAUAUUUCAACAGAUUGACACUUUUGUUUUGAGAAAGCUUAUAGCAGUGAUUCCGUAAUAUAUAGAUCUAUAUCCGUAUCUCCUUCACACACUAACUGGAUGCUCCCUGAUCUCUGGGACCAUCCCUGCUCCCUCACGGCUCUUUGGACUCGAAUCAUGUAUUGAAUUGGAAGAAAACGGAGCAGUUGGAGCCCUGAUUUGACCUAGAAGAGCGAUGUGGAGAUCAACAGCAACAGCCUGAAUUUGCCCUCCACAGUGGUUUCUAUAGAACAAGCUCAGGAUGGAAACUCACAGCUAUUUUUUCUCCUCCCAUGAGUUAAAUUUUCCUGUUAAUUUUACAUCUUGUCGCUGCCCCUUGCUCAUGGUUAAUCCUGGAGCCCUGAACAGUUUCCUCCUUUCUCUUUUCUGGUUCUCAGCACUCGGAGCAAACGUGUACACCAAAACCCACAUUUCUGUGGGGUUUCCACGCUGAAUGUAUCCUUUCUUUCCCCUUUUAAGAACGAUUUUGGAGCCCAAUGCACCAGGCCAGUGUCUUCUUAAAUAUCUUUUUAAAAAAAAAAAAAAGACGAGUUACAUAAAUAUUUAUGUAUUAAAUAUAUGGCUUCGGCAGCAGCUGGCUCUCUUAAAACCCAGCCCCACCUGCGCUGGGAUGGAAGGAGACCUCCAAAUGUUGUCUGUAGCUUGCACAAAAAGGAGUGGUGUAUCAUUUCACGGAUAAGAGAAGAAAUCCCCGGCCUCCCCUGCUGUAAUGGGCAGGUGGUGGCCACAAACAACACCAGUGGAGAAGCGGAAUACCUCUUGCUGAGCGCUGGGUGCAGCACAGGAUCUGCAGAGGCCCUGAGAUGGAACCAACCAUUGGUUUGCACCUCCUGGGAAGCAGCUCCUUCUUCUUUCCUCAUCCUUCCUGCCGUCACCUCCUCUUGGGGACUGGGAGCAGCCCCUGGGACAGCACUGGCACCUGGGUGUCCCCUCACAAUGUCCCACCAUCCUGCACCUCCCUGGGAGUGGGGUGCCAUCACCCAGCGACCAAAUCUGCCAAAGACGCCGCCUGACUCUGCAAAGCAGCUCGGACGCUUUGGAGCCCUCUGCAUGGGAUCAGAUGUACAGAAUGGUUCCUGAUCAGAGUCAAUGAGAAGAGAGAAACAAAGGAAAAGUGCCAAAAGAAAGGAUGAUGCAAGAUGAUUGUAUGAUGUUGUUCUAUAUUGUCAGUAUUUUUCUUCCAAUGCUAUUGUACAUGCAGUGCACAGUAGUCAUGAAGUAUAGCUUGAACAAGCGCUUCUUUGUAUUGUAUCAAUGAGAGCAAGGAGGAGGUAGGAGCCUUAAAGACUAUCGCCAACGUUAAACUGAAGCAUUCAGAGCUGCUCCAGGGGCAGUGGCUCCACAGGGUUCCCAGCUCUUCACCAUCUCCUGACCCUACAGUACCCAUCCCCCAGCAUCCCUAACAGGGAUCCCACUGGAAAUGAUCCCACAGGAAAACCAGGGCCCACCAAGGAUUGUUUCUGUGUCACCGUGGCUGUCUGGGGUGUCACCAUGAUGGUCUGGGAUGUCACCAUGAUGAUGUCGGAUAUCACCAUGACUGUUGGGAUGUGACAGUGUAGGAUAUCAAUGACUGGGAUGUCACUGUGGAGGUCUGGAUGUAAUCAUGACAGUGUGAGAUGUCACCAUGACUGCUGGGAUGUCACCAUGACAGUUGGGAUGUCACCAUGACAGCGAGCUGCGGGGCAUUUCCUGGAGCACUGCUCCGUGCACCAGCUCAGCACUGGAGCCAUCUCCAUGCGCAGUGCAGUUCUGACGCAAACUUUUAUCUUCCCUGUAUCUUCAAAGCACGGCAACACAUCAGAACAGCCCUAGAACUAGCUACUCACUAUGCAAACAGGAAAAUCUUCAACUGAUGACAAAAGGUUUCAUGUAUGCCUGGUUUUCUUGGUGUUUACUGUCAAACUGUUUGAAACAAAUAUCGAUGUUGCUACACUUUUUUCCAAUAUGCUUUAAAUCGUGCUUUAGUGUUCUCCUCCGCUGCCAUCGGAGCACCGGUGCGGUGAGAGACUACGGUCAUUUUGGGUCUCAGCUGAACCACUGUGGCUUCAUCUGAAUGUUUUAAAAGUGAUGGAAGUUGCUCAAAGACUGUUGACUUGCAUGUGUAAAUGUGUGGGUAAAUGACAUGCAGAGUCCGUCAUGUUGUGGCUUCUGUCAUUUGGAACAGAGUAAAUCCUGCUUGUGAAAAAUUGUCACAAAACAGAAACAUGCCAACCGUGUACAAAUCCUGUGUACCUUUUAACAGCAUCGAGGACUUUAACUGCAGGGCAAAGGCCGAGGUUAAAGCAGAAUAAAACCAGGUUCUGACAGUGA